GAAAUUGAAAAAUAUAUAUAUUUUUUAAGCGAAUUUAUUAAUAAAAUCUAUGUAAUUUGAUUAAUUCAAAGUCAAUUAAUCAAAUUACAUAGAUUAAAUUUUAAUAGAUUAAAAAUAAGAUUUUUUUCUGCUUUUGUUGGCAGUAACAAAACAAGUAUACACUUAUGUAUAGUACAGCUGAUUCUUAAUGAUCUCGUUUUAAGUUUGAAAUCAUCCAGAUGACUGUGGAUAAUGAAACUAGUGAUCAACAAGUAAUUUUUGCAACAGGAGGUUAUGAUCAUACAAUAAAAAUAUGGCAACCACAUACAGGAAAUUGCGAACGUACUUUUACAGAGACAGAAUUUCAAGUAAAUGCUCUAGAUAUUACACCAGAUAAGUAUUUCAUAGGCGCAGCAGGAUAUCAACAUAUUCGUAUGUACGAUUUGGGAGCAAACGAUCCAAAUCCAAUUAUCACUUACGAAGGUGGUUCUAAAAAUAUCAGUGGAUUUGGUUUUCAGGAAGAAGGCAAAUGGAUGUAUACGGGUGGAGAGGAUUGUUCCGCACGUAUAUGGGAUCUUAGAUAUUAUAAUGGUAAAUGUCAAAGAAUAUUUCAAGUCUCUGCCCCUGUAAAUUGCGUAUGCUUACAUCCUAAUCAAGCGGAAUUAAUAGUCGGCGAUCAAAGCGGUGUUAUACAUUUAUGGGAUCUUCGUUCGGAUCAUAACGAACAAUUGAUACCAGAAACUGAAGCUUCUAUUCAAGAUGUUACAAUAAAUCAAGAUGGUACAUAUAUGGCUGCUGUAAAUAAUAAAGGUCAUUGUUACAUUUGGACGCUUACGGGGGGUGUAGGAGAGGAACCAACUAGACCUAUUCCUCGUCAUAAACUUUUGGCUCAUAAACGUUAUGCAUUACGUUGUAAAUUUAGUCCUGAUUCUACUUUGCUUGUAACUACGUCUGCUGAUCAAACUGCUAGAGUAUGGAGAACUACAGAUUUCUCAGAGGUGCAAGUAUUGCAACAUGAAGCAAAACGUUGGGUUUGGGAUGCAGCUUUCAGUGCAGAUUCACAAUAUAUAUUUACUGCUUCUUCUGAUGGCAUUGCAAGAUUGUGGAAUGUUUCAACGGGAGCGAUAGAACGCGAGUAUAAAGGUCACCAGAAAGCAGUAACUGCAUUGGUAUUUUACGAAGAAGCUGUAUCGACGGCUUAAUAGCUGAAACGAAAGAUUUUUGAUUAAAGUUAAACCAAGUGCGUGAAUGAAUAUUAAAAGGAAGAAAAAAUCUAAAAUUCAAAAAGGUUUUGAUAUUCUGCUGAUUAUGGAGCUUUCGUUCCUUAUAUCAAACAAAUAUAUGACUCGUCGUUUAGAAGAACGAUAAACGAAAUGUUACGACCAUAAACGAAGUAUAUUUACUUGAAACGAACGCUUAGCGUAUCAGUCAAUCGAGUAUCCUCUAACGAGCAUCAACUCGAAUCGUAUGUUUCCGUUGUCGUCAUAGUGUUUUUUUUCUAUUCAAAUAUUCUUUGUUACGAAAUUCUUUCGAAAGUUAGAAUAGACAAUAUGUUUAAACAGUGCCGCAUAAGAUAAGGAAUAUCGUUAUCGUUCUAUUACUACUUAUUGACUUCAUCUCCCCCUUUUUCUAUCUCUAUAUAUUUACUAGUAUAUCAGUAAUACUACUCGAUUAGGAUGAUACGUAGGUUCAUCUUUCAAACGUCAAGAAAGUUGUUAGAGCUGCAUAGUGCAAGAAAAGAACAUGUUAGAAAUCUGCAUUUCAAGUUUUAUCCGAACCCAAGGUCGCUCGUAUCAGAGCGUGAGUAAAUUAUUGCAUAAUUCCAGAUGAAAGUUUCAUUAAAAAUAUUCUAUUCCGUUUUUCAAUUAGAGAUUUUUUUAUUAAAUAUUGUUUAUAACAAACGUAUGGAUUAUGUCGAUUAAUAAUAACAAAAGUUAAAAUAAUA